AUGGUGGCGCACGACACCCAGACGCCCAGCGCGACGUCCCAGCCGAGGGGCCGCAGCUCCCUCAACUCCCUGGACCAGCCGGCCAUGUCGCCGUCUGCAAGCGCUGCCUCGGCCUCAAGCUGCGAGCUAGCCCUCUCCAUCCCCGACUUUUGCUGGGCGCCGGACGUAGACGUCCAGGAGGCGCAUGUCAAACACGCCGCCGAGGGUUGGCGCCGGGCGCCGGGGCCGGGCGGGCCGGAGCAGGGCGGGUACGGCAGCGCCGCCGCUGAUGCGACCAGCCACUCAGAUGCUGAGAGCAGCGGCACCUCUGGCCCUCCCGCCAUGGCUGCUGCCAGCGACGGCGCCGCGCCCCACGGCUGCUGCGGCGGCCGUGGUUGCGACGCGUGCGGCCAACCGGCAACCGUGCACGGCGUGCACAUGCCCAGCGGCGGCUGGUUCCGCAAGUGCCGCGGCUGCGGGGGGCUGACGGCCCACGAGCGUGCCAUCGGAGACGCAGACGUGCCCUUCUGCAAACGGUGCCAAGCGGCAUUCCACGCCGCGGGGCCGCAACUGCGCUACCGCAUGGUGGAGACGCUCGUCUACGUGCACAAUGCCUGGUUGGAGGCCGGCCUCUGA